AUGCAUAUCCUGCAGAUCAUAUCAAGCUUGCAAAUUUUUCAAGUUCAACAUAACUUCUCUCUCCGCUUUGUUCGUUCCAACAUGAUAUUUUCAAGCUUUAUACAUCCCGUUUUGCUAUACCUAUACUUCUUCUUUUUGGGUAUCUCUACGCUUAAUGCAAUCCCUCUGAUGCAAAACUCAAAUGGAUUGACGUCCCACGGAAGCCAGUCCAAGACUGCAGCUGUUUAUCCUCAAAAACCCUUGAAUGAUUUAAUUCCAUUAUACUUCUUCACAUGUGAAGCCACUGCGGUUUUGGUCGCGAAUGGGAAGGGCUUGAAAGAGAUUACACCAUACGGAACCGCGUUUUGUUUUGCCUUGCCUAUCCAGAAGCCGAGUAUCCAAAAGCCGAGUGUGGAUGCUUCAACCUCCGGAAAAGUUUCGAGAUAUCGAUAUCUACUAUAUGAUCCUAACCACGGCAUUCCUUCCUUGGCCAGGCCCGACACUUGCUUCCAAAAUUAUGCUGUCGUCAAAUUUAACCUUGCCCAUCCAGACACAGAGUAA